AGUAAAACUCAUAGAAGAAGAAGAAGAAUUCCGGCGGUUUCUUUGAGUGCAUUCUGACCAUCCUGAGCUGAUUCUUACACCUGACUGCAGGAAGCAUUCUCAGAUCUACAGAGAGACACUCGGAGCUCUGUCCCGGCCCUUCCAAUGUCCCGCAUGCUGAACGCUAUCGUGGCGGUGUGUCCUGACCUGGGCAUCGGGAAGGACGGGCAAUUGCCCUGGCAUCCAGUUAGACUCAAUAACGAAUUCAAACAUUUCCGUAAGAUGACAGCGACGCCCUCUGUGGAAGGCAAGCAGAAUGUGGUGAUAAUGGGCAGGAAAACAUGGUUUUCCAUCCCAGAGAAGAACAGACCUUUAAACAACAGGAUCAACAUCGUCCUCAGCAGGGAGUGCAGAGCGCCCCCUGCAGGAGCCCAUCACCUGGCGCCAGACUUCAGCUCAGCUCUCCGGCUGGAAACAGAGCUGGCAGAACGCACUGACCAGGUCUGGGUUAUAGGGGGGCAGCUCUCUCUACAGGAGCUGAUGCAGACCCCAGGGACCAGGAGACUGUUCAUCACGCGGAUCAUGAAGCAGUUUGAGUGUGACACCUUCCUCCCUGAAAUCAGUCUGGACAAAUAUCGUCUACUGGCCACAGUAAGAUUCAGGUUUCCAGGAGUGCCACACGAGCUACAGGAGGAGAAUGGUAUCCAGUACAGAUUUGAAGUCUAUGAGAGCAUUGAUGAACUAUGUCAAUUUGAAAAAAUAAAACCAAACAAUGUUAAUCCUAGACUUUGA